GGGCAAAAGAUAAAAAGGGGAUUUGUUUGGAAAGAAAAAACUACCACAGGGGUAUUAAGGUCCAAUCAAAAGAUCAAUGGCAACUCCUCUGUUCUAGCCAUGUUUGAGGAGGGAAGGCAACCGAAACAUAAACCCGUCUGAAACAGCAGAAGCGCGCUCGUUAACAAACCAGGGAGCUGACUGAGAAGCUUUUGGGGUCCUGUUUGUUUGAAUAUUUUCUCGAGAAGAAAUUCUUGAACCGAGUAAUGGCCACACUCAGAGUACCGGACUUUGUUCCUCCUGCAUCCGAAGACUCCGAGGAGCUUAUGAAGGCUUUCGAAGGGUUUGGAAAGGAAGAAGAGGUCAUAAUAAGGAUUUUGGGGCAUAGAAAUGCAAGCCAGAGGAAGAAGAUUAGAGAAAUGUAUGAGCGCCUCUACGAUAAGCCGCUUGUUGAGGAGCUCCAGUCUGAACUUUUUUGCCAUUUCAGGGAUGCCGUGAUAUUAUGGACAUAUGAUCCUGCUGAGAGAGAUGCAAGGUUGGCUAAUAAGGCCCUCAAUUCAUGGAGGAAAGGCAUAAUCCCUUUUCUUAAAGUGAGAGGGAAAGGCAUCAUCACUAAUCUUCAAGUGAUAGUUGAAAUAGCAUGUGCGACACCGCCUGACCAUCUCAUGGCAGUAAGGCAAGCAUAUUGUUCUCUCUUUGGUUGCUCACUUGAAGAGGACAUCACAUCAAACGUCUCUCUACCGGUUAGAAAGGUUCUUCUCGGCUUAGUGAGUUCCUACAGAUACGAGGGAAAUGUGGUGGAUUCGAACAUAGCAAAUUCAGAGGCAACUAAGCUGUAUGAAGCUAUUCAAAGUAAGCAUCUAGAUGAUGAUGAGUUUUUAUGGAUACUUGGCACCAGAAACUUUUUUCAGCUCAAAAAGACUUUCGAGUGCUACCAGAAUAAGUAUAGAAACUCCAUAUACCAGGACAUUAAGAGUCGCGGAAAUGGCGUCUUAGAGUUGGUAUUGGGGGUUAUAAUCUGGUGCAUAGACUCCCCAGAGAAACACUUUGCUGAGGUAAUUAGAGCUUCAGUCGUUGGUCUUGGAACUGACGAAGAUUCGCUGACAAGAGCUAUUGUAGCUCGAGCUGAAAUUGAUAUGAAGAAGAUCAAAGAAGAAUAUUACAAGGUGAACAAGACUAGCCUCGAUGAUGCAGUUCACAAUGACACUUCGAGAGAUUAUAGGCGCUUCCUCAUGACCUUGAUCGAAGAUAAAAACUGACUUGCUCUACCAUGGAAGAUUGCUCUCUUCGCUCUCAUUUGCCUCUUUCAAUUUAACUUUUAGUACUCUAACGAAAUGAAUGAUGUUAUGUUGUAUUGCAUACA